UUAUGUUAAUCACCAUAUAUUACAUCAUUUCAUUAUAAGGAACAAGGGGAGAGAUUGUUGAGUUCUGUGGAAAUACAUACACCCACAUUAUUUUCAAUAUUUUGUGCAACUUACAUAAUCCCAAGGAAUUUAAGUGAUGUAAAUUUUAGAAGGAUAACUUUGUCUUAACUGUUAAAACGCAAUCAGCAAACUUCCAGCGACCAUUUUUAUGCAUUCAGAUGAAAAAUUAGGAGCAUGCUAAGAAACUCUUGAUAAGGAGGAUUAUACCCUUCUUGGUAAGAUCUUGGAAACUGCCUGGAUUUAAGGCCAGUAACUACCGAGUGAAUUAUUCUCCAGGUAAAAACACCCCAGGUAAAGAGCAGGUGACAAUAUUAGCUUUGUCUCGAAGAGUGAUUUAAGCUGCCUGCUUGUUAAGCCAGGCUUGUAAUUUAGAGGAGGCCCGGUGCUCGACUAUGCGCGGGUAAUCCUGCCUUCCCAGCUUUGUGCCUCUGCGCACGCGCUUUGGCGCCAACUUCGCCACUAGGGGGCGCCGGGCCCUCUUCAGGCCGGCCUUGGGGCGGUGCGUGUGGGUGUGACGUCACUGCGUGCGCCGCAACUUGUUGCCGGGCAGCGAUGGCGGCUACCCUGGAGUCCUCGGUGGAGGACCCACUGCGGAACUUCGUUCGAGUUUUGGAAAAGCGAGAUGGCACGGUGUUACGACUGCAGCAGAAUGGUUCCGGCGGCGUGGGCUGCGUUGUUUGGGACGCUGCUAUUGUCCUUUCUAAGUACUUGGAAACGCCCGGGUUUUCCGGCGAUGGGGCCCACGCUCUGAGCCGGCGAUCUGUGCUGGAGCUGGGCUCUGGCACUGGGGCCGUGGGGCUCAUGGCUGCUACCCUUGGGGCUGAUGUUGUGGUCACAGAUCUUGAGGAAUUGCAAGACUUGCUGAAGAUUAAUAUUAAUAUGAACAAGCAUCUUGUCACUGGUUCUGUUCAAGCCAAGGUACUGAAAUGGGGGGAAGAAAUAGAAGACUUUACUUCUCCGCCAGACUACAUACUGAUGGCUGACUGCAUAUACUAUGAAGAGUCUUUGGAGCCAUUGUUGAAAACUCUAAAAGAUCUUAGUGGAUUUGAGACUUGUAUUAUAUGUUGUUACGAACAACGAACAAUGGGAAAAAAUCCAGAAAUUGAGAAAAAAUAUUUUGAGCUCCUCCAGCUAGACUUUGACUUUGAAAAAAUUCCUUUGGAGAAACAUGAUGAAGAAUAUCGAAGUGAGGAUAUUCAUAUCUUAUACAUCAGAAAGAAAAAAUCGAAAUCUCCAUCGUGAAAUCUUUAGUCAUCUUACCCAAACCUCUAACAACGUGGGUAAGCUAAAGAUGUGAAUGGUGAAUGGAGCAUGUGAAUACAGCAUGGGAAGAUUGUGUUCAUAGAUUUUUCCAGCAUGUCCAUAGAGAUUUGAUAUAUAACUGACAACCACCAUGGGCUGCCUGCAAUUUGAAAAAUGAUUACUGACUGCCUGCCUGCCAAUGAGCCUGAAAUCCAACUUAGUUUACUUGUAGCUCAGCAUCAAGUUCUGCUUAAAAGAAAAUUGUGUAUCAGUCACUCCUCAAAUGAAAAUAGGUGUUGAGGUUUGCCUAAAGUCUGCAGGAAAUAGUGAAGUGGCAUGGUUGAUUUGGCAUUUUUGUCAGGAAACUAGAAAUAAAUUGAUCCAGUUUCUAAAGAGAGACAUCUAUUACAUCUAUUUAAGUUGCAACUAGUAAAAUUUAGUUGUCUUCAAGAUCAAUAAAUCUAAAAGUUGGUUUUUAUUUUAAUAUAAUUUAAUUAUGCAGUGGUUUUUAUCAUAUGUAUCUUCCACUUCAUUGCUAUUAUUAUGAUAGCUUUAAUAUUUAAAUGUUCUUUUACUUAAAAAAAAAAUCUGAAAAUACUGUUUUGUAUACUUCCAUUAGCCAAAGUUUUAUUCUUUUCCUCCACCGUACAUGUCUAUGUGAGUUAGAUAGUAAAUUAUACUUCAGUGAGUUGGUAGGAAUAAAAGUAAGAAAUCAGGAGGGGGAAAAGGUAUCUUUACAAACUUUUUCAUUUGAGAAUGGAGCAAGAAUUAAAAGUCCAGUUUCAGGCUUGUGCACUUACUUGGCUCUUGCACUUUUCUUCGCAUAUAUCUUCCAGGAAUAUGGCUAAAAUCACCAUUGUUGUUUACAUGAAACAGAGAAAUGUUUUUAAAUAACUACAAAUGUGGUUCUAUAUACAUUUACCAAGUGAUUUUGGUUCUGUGUAUUCUCUGUUUUAUGUUAUUAUGAUAAUCAUCUGCCCACAGACUGAUCUAUCAAGGACUUCAGUUACACCAGUUGUGAAGAGUAAUAUUAACUGGAUAGAAUUCUGGUACUUGUAGGCAUUGGUGCUAGGUGGCACAUUUAAUGUAUUAAAAUAAACAUUGUUUUAGAGAUCCUGUGAUUUUGUGAAUGUUUCAGAAAUAGCUUUGAAGAAAAUGAACAUCUAAAUCGGGCUUUCCAGAAAAAGCAAAAGCAGCCCUAUUUAGAGAAAUUAAAGAUCCAAAUCAAAAGAACCAUUCUUUCCUUCAGGCUUCCUUUGGUCUUUAAAGUUUGUCUUGCUGUUCUUUCUCAGAAUACGUUGUUCACACUGCCGUUAGCAUUUCAUUAAGCAGUUUACUAAACAGUGUAAACUAUAUGAUUCUUAGUUACAGAUAGCACCAGUUAUUAUUAGUGAAGUCUUGGCACAGAUGACUACUUUCUAGCCUAUUCCAUAACAUUAUGCAACUUAAAAAAAUAAUAAAAGUCUGGCCAGCUAUAGUAAUCCACUCAUUCUCAGAUCCCUGUUCACCCCUCUCUUUUCACUCUACUUCUAAUAGUCAGUACCUCUGGGUCUUCGGCCUAAAGUGCCUCUUGGCAUUCCUGUAGAAAAGCCCAGCUCCUUUCCCUUACAUAAAGUGCACCUUAUACUCCAAAAUUUUCUGGAGGAGUUGGGUUGAGGUCAACCUCUACAGCUUUACCAGAAUCACCCCUGUGUGUGCUUCCUUCCCUUCCCUGUUCUAUUCCCAGUCCCUUACUUAAUUUAUCACCUCCUUAAUACGUCACUUGCAUACAUUCAUCUCCAUCUGUUCUGGAGAACUGACCUAAGUUACUGACUGUAGAUUUAAGUAAUUUGUAACAUUAAAUCAUGGGUUUUUUUUUUUUUUCCUGUUCUGGAAUAAGGCCAAAGCAGAGAUUAAAAGGUACCAAGUCUCCACAUUGUAAGAUCAGAGAACCACUGGUAGGACCAUUGAGCACUGCGGGGCUUACUGAGGGCUGACAGUUCAAGUAACAUGCCCUAUCACGAACCACCACCAUUCCGCAGACAGCCAGGGAGGCCUGGGAGGGGUCUCUUUUUUGAGGAGUGCAGUGUUGGGGAAUGGGAUUUAGUCUUUUGGCCUCUCUCAUGAGGGAGAGAACAGGGUGCAUCUGUGCUCAGACACCACAGGAGGGAGGCGUGAGGGAACAGUUCAAGAUUAAGGAUGCUUCUAAGAAGGGGUGCCCAGCAUUUUCUCCACCUGGUUGGAUUUACCCAGCAGAUCAGCAUGUCUGUGUUUUUAUUUCAGAGCAUGGGAAUGAAAUUGGAGAGGUGGGGAUACCUCAGGCAGAGGUGUUAAAGAUGGGUCCUGCCAGCCAGUGUUGGCACAGGAGUUGGAGGCCAGAGGACUUGUGCAGCAACAUGGAGAAGUUCAAAAGGAGGUGCAGUAGAUGAGUGAGGUGUGCUGCCAAGGACAGGAUCAACCAGAAUACAGCCACCUGCAAUCUCCAGGGACUGCCAGGGCUGGGGGCGGGUGGGGAGACAGCUCAGGAAUGCACCUCUGGGCCUCUAGGUGAGUGGGGCCUUGCCACUGUGCACCAUGAAACCCAUGGGCAGUUAUAGCCAAUUAGGGAGCCCCUGUUGUAAGGCAUUGUUUCUCAAACUAGGCUGCACAUGGAAUCACCUGGAAAAUUAAAAGCAAACAAAAGCUAUGUUUAGGUCCCAGUUCAAUUAAGAGGCAUGGGAUUUUUGUUAAAGGCUCCAGGUGGUUUGAGUGUUUAGCCUAAAUUGAGAACUGCUGUGUUAAGGAAACCUAGCAUCUAUUUCCCAAGGGAAAGGGAGCAAAGGGAGGAGAAAUAAUAAGCCAUCCAUGAUUAGAGUGGGCCUAUACUGCAUAGGGAGGGAAAGAGCUUUGAAUCCGAUGUGGAAUCCUCUACGAAAUACGUUUUAAAACAAACAGGACUGAGCUUUAGAAAUUGAUUAUUUACCUGAAAAUUUAGAGAACCUGGUCAAGAAGACAAAAGUGAUGCUACUCAAGAGGAAAGGGGAGUCCAAUAGCUAGAACAAUGAAAUUGUUACAGGCUAGUCUCCAAUGACUUGAGUCUCUCCUGUAUACCAGUUAUAACUAAAGGUCUUUGAGAUUGCAGAACUUGGAAUCUCAAUCAGUAGAGUUCAUAACCAAGGGUCUGUGAAUCACAUUUCGUGGACUUGGGAGUGAAGUUAGGUUAUUUUUAGGUAUUUUAAGCAGUAUUAAUCCAGAAUGAUAGCGGGGUUUUUUACACAGCUACCUUUUUCUUGAAAGUUUCCUUGUUAAUAUGAUGCCAAAUGCAAUAUUAACUCAGACUAUAACUACUGUAUUAAUUUUUUUAAGUGUGGGUUAUAGAAAUAGGACUGUUGUUCUAAAGGUUCCCUGUAGAUGGCAUUGCUUGACUUUGUCUUUAAACAUUUUAUAAAAAGGAAGUUGUUAAAAUAAGAUUAUUUUGAAAUGGAAUCACACUUGCAUUUUAAAGGUAAACUAAACCAGAUUUUAAAGAAUCAAACUACUUCCUGGGAGUUGCUUUUGAGUAUAGCAGGGUUGUCUUAGCGUAUUUGGGCUGCUAGAACAAAAUACAGACUGGGUGGCUUAUAAACAACAGAAACUUACUUCUCACGGUUCUGGAGGCCGGAAAGUGCAAGCGAGAUCAAGGCCCCAACUUCCUCAGAGGCCCCUGCCUUUUCAUUGUAACCUCGAGUGGCAGAAGAGUGAAGGAUCUCCCUGGGGUCUCUUUUAUAGGGCACUUACCUCAUUUAUGAGAGCUUCACCCUCAUGACGUACUCAUCUCUCAGAUGCCCACCUCCGAACACUACCACAUGGGGGGAAUAGGUUUCAGCAUAAGAUUUUGGGGCCGGGUUGUGGGUGGGACACACAAACAUUCAGACCAUAACAAUAGUGGAGGUAAAGCUGAAUUUUUUUCUUAUAAAAUUGUAUUUGACUUAUCUUUCUGUACAUUGCAUUCUGAUAUGCUUUUUGAAUUUCUGAAUAUUGAUAAAGCUACAGAAAUUAUAAUUUAUAGACCAUUUCUCUAUUGUCUAAUUCAUAGACCAUCUUCUGUGAGAGAGAUUUAAGAGGCUGAAUUAGUUGGUCAGGUUCUGAAAAUGAAAUUGACCUUGAAAGUACCUUUUAUAUAAUGCAUGAUUUUAUGUUUGAGGUACUUGGAACUUCUAAUUAAUUUUAAUUAGUUUUUCAAACCAGUGUACCUUCCUCACUAGAGUAAUAAGUAGCUUUUACAUCAAAAGGCUGAAGCUCUGUCUUUGGCUAUAUAUACCACAGUCCUGUAGGCUUAGGCCGUCUGUUUGACUUUUUGUCUUUUUCCUCAGGGAACAUCUGGAUUUUGAAGACCUUUUGCUUCAUUGAUUGUAAACAUUGUAAAAGUAGAAUAGUCAGUUGUACCAUGGAGAACCUUCAAGCUAAUACAGAAAAAAAUUGUGGCAACAAAAUUUUACUGAAAAUUAGUCAAGUGAUGGAAGAGCAAAGUUUUCACUUUACAUAAUUUUGAGUAAGAAAGCAGUGAAUUCUCAAACCAUUUGGAACCCAUUAGGUUAAAACUGUUGCAUACUUGAGGUCAUUUAAGAUAUUGUCUUAGGUUCUGAAGUAUUGGUUGGAGUUUUGUGAAGAUCUAGUGAGUCCAUCAAUUGUGAGGUGGAUUUUAUGUAACCCUCUGUUAAUAACAAGAUAAUUGUGUUCCCUCUCUCUCUGUGUCUCUCUCUGUCAAAUAAAUAAAUAAAAUCUUUAAAAAAAGAUAA